AGUGUGGAGCUGCAGACUCGCCUCCCCCACAAGGAGGCUACUGACAUAGGAAGCGCUCUGGUGCAUUUUCAGAGGCAAAGGCAGCCUGAUAAAGCUCCUUCUGAGUCUGACUUGCCAUUCUUCCAGCGCGCUGCUGUUGCUCUGAGCGGCUCCUCGGUGGGAAACACUGCUCGCAGACUGAGCCGGGAAGAAGCUGCAGCCUGCUCAGCCCUCUCACCUGCGGCGGGGGCUCUGCUAUGUUUGAGGCUUUUGUUCUGGAUGGUGAGAGCUAGCGCUUUGUGUGAGACAUGACAGCAAAAAAUUCUUCAAAGGAACUUACUGCUUCGGAGUCUGACGUUUGCAUAAAGACUUUCAAGGAGCAAAUGCACCUAGAACUUGAGCUCCCGAGGCUGCCAGGGAACAGACCCACAUCUCCCAAAAUCUCCCCACGAAGUUCGCCAAGGAACUCCCCAUGCUUUUUCAGAAAGUUGCUGGUGAAUAAGAGCAUCCGGCAGCGGCGUCGCUUCACUGUGGCCCAUACGUGCUUUGACGUGGAAAAUGGCCCUUCCCCAGGCAGGAGCCCGCUGGACCCCCAGGCCGGCUCGUCCUCGGGGCUGGUACUGCACGCUACCUUCCCGGGGCACAGCCAGCGCAGAGAGUCCUUCCUCUACAGAUCGGACAGCGACUAUGACCUGUCACCAAAGGCGAUGUCACGGAACUCAUCUCUUCCCAGCGAGCAGCACGGUGAUGACUUGAUUGUCACUCCUUUUGCCCAGGUGCUGGCCAGCUUGCGGAGUGUGAGGAACAACUUCACCCUGCUGACAAACCUCCAUGGAGCAUCCAACAAGAGGUCCCCGGUGGCCAGCCAGCCUCCCGUGUCCAGAGUCAACCUGCAAGAAGAGCCUUACCAGAAGUUAGCAAUGGAGACGCUGGAGGAGCUGGACUGGUGCUUGGACCAGCUAGAGACUAUCCAGACCUACCGCUCCGUCAGCGAGAUGGCUUCCAACAAGUUCAAAAGAAUGCUGAACCGGGAGCUGACACAUCUCUCGGAGAUGAGCCGGUCUGGGAACCAAGUGUCUGAAUACAUUUCAAAUACUUUCUUAGACAAGCAGAAUGAUGUGGAGAUCCCCUCCCCCACCCAGAAAGACAGGGAGAAGAAGAAGAAGCAGCUGAUGACACAGAUCAGCGGAGUGAGGAAGCUGAUGCACAGUUCAAGCCUGAACAACACGAGCAUCUCCCGCUUCGGAGUCAACACAGAAAACGAAGAUCACCUGGCCAAGGAGCUAGAGGAUCUGAACAAGUGGGGCCUUAACAUCUUCAAUGUGGCAGGAUACUCACACAACCGGCCCCUCACCUGCAUCAUGUACGCCAUCUUCCAGGAAAGAGAUCUCCUAAAGACAUUCAAAAUCUCAUCUGACACGUUUGUGACCUACAUGAUGACCUUGGAAGACCACUACCACUCUGAUGUGGCGUACCACAACAGCCUGCACGCCGCCGAUGUCGCCCAGUCCACGCACGUUCUCCUCUCCACGCCAGCCCUGGACGCGGUCUUCACAGAUCUGGAAAUCUUGGCUGCCAUCUUUGCAGCUGCCAUCCAUGACGUUGAUCAUCCGGGAGUCUCCAAUCAGUUCCUCAUCAACACAAAUUCCGAGCUUGCUUUGAUGUACAACGACGAGUCUGUGCUGGAAAACCAUCACCUCGCCGUGGGCUUCAAGCUGCUGCAGGAGGAGCACUGUGACAUCUUCCAGAACCUGUCCAAGAGGCAGCGCCAGACUCUCAGGAAGAUGGUGAUCGACAUGGUGUUAGCAACAGACAUGUCCAAGCACAUGAGCCUGCUGGCCGACCUGAAAACCAUGGUGGAGACCAAGAAAGUCGCGAGCUCGGGCGUUCUUCUCCUGGACAACUACACUGAUCGCAUUCAGGUCCUUCGCAACAUGGUGCACUGUGCAGACCUGAGCAACCCCACCAAGUCCUUGGAGCUGUACCGACAGUGGACAGACCGCAUCAUGGAGGAGUUCUUCCAGCAGGGAGACAAAGAGCGGGAGAGGGGAAUGGAGAUCAGCCCGAUGUGUGAUAAGCACACAGCUUCUGUGGAAAAGUCCCAGGUUGGCUUCAUCGACUACAUUGUCCACCCGCUGUGGGAGACCUGGGCCGACCUGGUCCAGCCCGAUGCUCAGGACAUUCUGGACACCCUAGAGGAUAACAGGAACUGGUACCAGAGCAUGAUACCGCAGAGCCCCUCCCCGCCACUGGAGGAGAGGGGCCAGGACUGCCAGGGCCUGAUGGAGAAGUUUCAGUUCGAACUGACCCUGGAGGAGGAGGACUUGGAAGGACCUGAGAAGGAGGGAGAGGGCCAUGGCUACUUCAGCAGCACGAAGACACUUUGUGUGAUUGACCCUGAAAAUCAGGAUGCUCGGAGUGAGACCGACGACGUAGAUGCUGCAACAGAAGACAAGUCCCCAGCUGACACCUAAUCUCCCUCCUGGGGGGAAAGACAUCCCACCCUUGAGGAGCAUGCCAGUGUGGGUAGGGCCUGCCCACCAUGGGGCGAGGUCUGCAUGGGACAGAGGCCACUGGCCUUUCUGCUCACUGAAGUUUGGGGCCAGAACACAAGGCCAAGGAGCAAACAGCAGCUCAGGAACCCGUGGUUGGCUGCUUGACCGCCUGGCCUGCAGCCUGGCAGAGAGCUGAGGUUCACAUAGCGGCGCAGGCCAACUCCGGUCACAACCAAAAGCUUGAACCCGGAAGACACAAAGCUGAGAGAUCUCUGCGCACUAAGGUCGGGCCCCGACCCGACUAGUGGCUGAACUCACUGACUAAUACCUUCACUAAUAAUGCUCACUGUCCCCUUGUCUGCCGACCUGUGUGCCUUUCUGUAAAACAUUUUCACGUCUUGAAAAUGCUUGUUCAACACCUAGCGUUUAGUACCAACUUCUACACAGAUAAGCGUUCCAAAUUGAUAUACACUUUUUUGACUCUUUCUGGGGGAGAGAAAGAAAACGGUCUUCCUUCUUUCUGGGGCAACAGCUUUUGCUUUCCAGCAGUUCACAUCUGCGAACGGCGAACACGCACUUCUAACCACACUCUUCUGUUUCCUUCCCCCGUGGCCAGUCCAGCUCCACGGCAGCCCUGUCCGCUUAGCUCUCUUAGCUUGCUUCAAACAGUAAAUUUUCCUCUGAGGUCUCACUGUUUGUGCUAUAACAGAAAAAUGUCAAAAAAA